UGAAUGAGAGAGAGAUGGAGAGAGAGUGAGAGAGAGAGAAAGGGAGAAAGGGAGAGACAGAGAGAGAGAAAGGGAGAGACAGAGAGAGAGGUCUGACUGCCUUGCAUAACACACGUUGGAGCAGCUUUGCACGCAGGACUUCAUGUGAUUCUUCAACCAGGGGGACUUCCUCUAUCGCUGGCUCAUCACAGAGCCUUACGGCUGGGUGUACAUGUUCACCCGCUCUCCCGGACGUACCCUACCUGGAGCCUGGAGGAAAACAGGGCUGGCUCUGAAAAAUAGACCUGCACAAAGGAGACGUAGAGAAAGAGGAUUUCCCUAUAGGAAUACGUAGUGUAGAAGCUACACAGGCAAGAGGAAGUCUGACAAUGCUCUGCCAGCUGUGGCUGUGUACAGCCUGAUUUACAGCUGGCGGACGUUGUGGUUAGUCAGAGAUGAUUCCUCAUGAAGUCCAUGGAGUCGUCCUCUCUGUCGCCUGGCGGGCGUCACUCUGCCCUCUCUAGACUACUGAGUCCAGGACACACAGUCACACAGUGAAGACCUGAAAGAGACCUGAUAGAGCCCACGACAACACUGAGAGAGAGAGAUGUUUCGCAUGCCAAUAAAGCCCUUAAAUUGAAUUGAAAUUGAGAGAGAAACAGAGAUAGGGACAAAGAGAGAGAGAAACAGUAGGUUCAAAAAACCUACUUGAGAGACAAACAAAGAGUGAAAACCAACCAUGAAAUCCAACCAGGAGAGGAGCCAUGGCUGUCUACCUCCAAAGAAGCGUGAGAUCCUAGCCCUGGAGCAGAGGCCUGUGGUGGUACCAGCAGCAGCUGAGAUCCUAGCCCUGGAGCAGAGGCCUGUGGUGGUACCAGCAGCAGCUGCAGCCUCAGCAGACACCACCUUGCACACAGAGAACCUGACUUGGCUGGCCAAUGUAGCCAGCGAACGCUGCAGAUCCACAGAAACUCCCAGCCCCAGGUUUCCUGUCUCCUCGUCCUCCUCUUCAUCUCCCUCCCCUUCUGCUCUCCCCCUGUCCUCUCUCUCCACGAUCUACCCCACUGGGGUGGGGCUCAGCCAACAGGGCGGGACAAUCCAGUACGCCCAGCUGGCCCCUAACCUCCAGUUCAUUAGCUCGGGGCCGUACACUGGCUACUUCUCCUCUCAGAUCAUCCAGUCCACCGCCACCAGUGUAGCCGCCUCCACAGGGCAACAGCGCCACCAUCUGGACGGCCACUGCUACACCACCGCCCUCAUCUCCCAGGCCACCAAGGUUGGGGACCAGCAGAACCAGGUCCAGAUAGGUCUGCCGUCUGACCUGGCUGUGUCCGUUGGAGGGACCCACUUCACCACUACCCACCAGUACAUCCAGCUGGACAGCAGCAGCCCUCUGACCGUCACCUCCCCUACCCAGGGUCACCUCCAGCCUCUCCAGCUCCACACCCACCCUGGGGUGGGCCUCCUCCCCCACACCCUCACCCUCGCCCCCUCCCAGGUGCUGGUCCAGUAUACGGAUGGGUUAGGGGUCAACAAAGCUGAGGGCGGACACACCAAGGUGGUGCAGCUGAAUGGAGAGCUGGAGAGGAGUUUCGGUAAACAGAGCUGUGCUGGCAUCAAAGGAACCUCCUACUCUAACCAGAACAAUCAGCAGGUUCACCAUGGAUAUGAAGCUCGACACAUCCUCAUUCCCGCAGACUACACUACCCAGGAUUCCACAGGACUACAAACCUCCCUGGUGCUGGUAGCAAACGCCCAGCCCAACCCCCUCCCCCACCCUCACCCUACCAGUGGUGCUGAGCAGGACAAGGUCCAGGUCCACCCAUCACUAAUACACAGUGAGGGAGGAGGCAUCUGUCUAAGUAAACCUGUCUCCAGAACCUCCUCUUUCACCUCCUCUGAGGCUCUGAAGGUCUCUUCUGCCCCUCACACGGUUAUCCAGACCACCCACCACUCUGACGAGCAUGUACACAGCCUGUACUCCACCACCCAGGCACCAAUCAUCGGCUACAUCGCCAGGGCAGGUAACCAGCAUGGCGUCAGCUACGCCACCCUGCCGCAGCACCUGGUCAUCCCGGACGGCCAGUCCCUCCAGUCUCUCCUGAUACCCGUUAACGGAGUUACCACCACUACGGACCUCGAGGCUGCCUGCUCGGUGACCGCCAGGACGGCCAGCACCACCGCCUCUCAGCUGGCUCCAGCGACCGCAUCCCUCCCCCGCCACACCUACCUCACCGCGUCCCUGUCCAAGUGUGAGAUGCUGGGGUCGGACGGCCACCACCAGUCCCCUGCUGUACUCCAGGCCCAAGUACUACCCAUCCAGCACAUCCAAAUCCCGUCUAACACACCUGCUAAUGUGGUGGCGUCCCCCUCCCCUGCCCCAGCCCUAGCUCCAGGACCUGUCCAGGCCUCCCCCUCUCUCUCCUCUUCCCCCUCCCCUGUCCCAGCCCUAGCUCCAGGACCUGUCCAGGCCUCCCCCUCUCUCUCCUCGUCCCCCUCCCCUGCCCCAGCCCUAGCUCCAGGACCUGUCCAUGCCUCCCCCUCUCUCUCCUCUUCCCCCUCCCCUGCCCCAGCCCUAGCUCCAGGACCUGUCCAGGCCUCCCCCUCUCUCUCCUCUUCCCUCUCCUCCACUCCAGCUCCUGUCCAGUCCACCCCCACUCUCUCCUCUUCCCCCUCCCCUGCCCCAGCCCUAGCUCCAGCCCCUGUCCAGGCCUCCCCCUCUCUCUCCUCCUCUCCAACCACGCUCCCUCCGUUCUUCAUGCGUGGCUCCAUCAUCCAGCUGGCGGACGGGGAGCUGAAGCGAGUGGAGGACCUGAAGACGGAGGACUUUAUCCAGAGUGCUGAGAUCAGCAGUGAGCUGAAGAUUGACUCCAGCACUGUGGAACGCAUCGACACGGGCCAGACACCCAACGCUGUCAUCAUACAGUUCGGUGUCGGGGAACACAAAGCACAGGUGUGUGUGGAGGUGCUGUUAGAGUACCCGUUCUUUGUGUUCGGCCAGGGCUGGUCGUCCUGCUGCCCUGGCCGGACCACUCAGCUGUUGGAGCUGAGCUGUGCCAAGCUGUGUGUUGGGGACGUGUGUGUCUCCCUGACCCUCAGGAGCCUGAGGGGUGGCGGUGGCUCUGUGUCUGGGAGGAACCACAACAGCCAGGGUCACGAGGUCAAGCUGAGGCACAGCCACAACACUGGGGACAUCACACAGGGGUCUAACCGCCAGGGGAACAGUCAGGGGAAUAGCCAGAGUAAUGGUCAGAGAGACAGUCAGAGUAUGGACAAAGACUUUAGGAACAGUUUGAAUGCUGCAGGCAGCAACAGUGUCUUCCUGGUGCAAGUGGCCAAAACAGACAGGUUGAAUGAGGAGGACAGGGACGUCCCCCGCUGUGUGGACCAGGUGACAGGAUCUGGACUGAGACCCGGAUCUGGACCAGGGGUCUACGGAACUGGAGUUGGACCCAGGAGCACCUCGGACCUGCAGGCUGUCUCAGGGAAUGGAGAGAUGAUAGGGAGAGACAAUGGAGAGACGAGAGAGAGAGAACAGAAUAGCCCCAUGCUCCCUCCGCCCCUCAAGACAGAAGUGGGUGAGGCAGACAAAGAAAAACCCUGGGGUCGUAAGAGGAGGUGGUCUGCUCCAGAGAGAGAUCAGACAGAGAGGGCGGACGAGGAACCCCCUUUGACUCUGCCAAAACCCUCUUUUAUAACUCAGCAGGUCAAACUCUCCAUCGAGGGAAGGUCAAAUGUUAGUCGUUGAAGGAGCUGGAGUGUUGGACAGGAGGUAGUGAACAUAGUUUUAUAUGUUUGUAACGUUGUUAGUGCUGUUUGGUUUAAUCUAUCUAUCCACAUUAAUGGAAAGGAUUCAUUUACCUGGUAUAUACAUGUUUUAUGAUUCUAUUUCUAUGGAAGGAACAUUGUUGUCUCUGUGUUUGGCCCACUGUCUGGGAGGCCAGUCUCUCUCCAGAACACAGUGAGUGGCCCACUGUCUGGGAGGCCAGUCUCUCUCCAGAACACAGUGAGUGGCCCACUGUCUGCGAGGCCAGUCUCUCUCCAGAACAUAGUGAGUGGCCCACUGUCUGGGAGGCCAGUCUCUCUCCAGAACACAGUUAAUGGCCCACUGCCUGGAAGGCCAGUCUCUCUCCAGAACACAGUUAGUGGCCCACUGUCUGGGAGGCCAGUCUCUCUCCAGAACACAGUUAGUGGCCCACUGCCUGGGAGGCCAGUCUCUCUCCAGAACACAGUUAGUGGCCCACUGCCUGGGAGGCCAGUCUCUCUCCAGAACACAGUGAGUUGCCCACUGCCUGGGAGGCCAGUCUCUCUCCAGAACGUGGUUAAUGGCCCACUGCCUGGGAGGCCAGUCUCUCUCCAGAACACAGUUAGUGGAUACUGUAGCUAGCAGAUGGUUGACCUGGAAAGGCUUGAAUUUACUAAACCAUGAGAUUUGUCCUCUAUAUUGACCUAUAAAGUGAAUUAUGCAUGUGUGAGUUAUAUCAAUUGAUAAUUUCUGCCUUGUUAGAAUACAACCCUCUACUGCUCAUCGUUACCCUCAGUCAUCAGAACCCCCCCCCCCCCCCCCC